UCGACUGGUCGGGUCUUGUUCGGUACGCGAAGUGAUAGACUUUGUGGAAUUCGGGGUUGGCCAUCCCAGAAGUCGAUACGAGGACCUUGUUUCUUGGACUGUCGUGUAGCGUACUCUAAACACUUAUUAAUAUUGUGCGCCUCCCCAGCAGUUGGAGCUCGGUUUGUUGACCUCAAUCAUCAUUGUUCACAGUCACCAUGAGUUGGGUUGCGAGGAAAGCCAAUAUUCAGGGUGACGUCUGGCCCGGCCUGCCAAAAAGGUUCCAGACCUUCCUAUUCUUCAAGAUCAGGAAGCCAGAUGAAUUCAAGACGCGACUCCGGUCUUUCGCGGAUGAACAUAUCACCACCGCCCAGGAGGCUUGUGACAUGAAGAACCAGAUCUUGGAGGCAAAGACACAAGCUCAGAAGCAUGGUGUCCCGGCCAAGAUUCUGGCUUUGCCAGGCGUCAACAUUGCCUUUGCCUCGACUGGUCUAGCAGCUCUGGGAAAAUUCACCUUCAACGAGGCCGCAGUCAAGAAGGACAGAAAUCUAUCCAAGAUCUUCAAGAAGAACCAGCUCCGUGGUGGCUUGUUCGGGAAGGGCAUGUAUGACGACCUGGUGGGUGAGGGCUGGGACGAGCCGAAAGAGCUUCGAUCACAGUUCAAGCCGUCUGCGGGAAAGCGGCUGAUUGAUGGCGUGCUGAUGGUAACGGCGAGUCGGGCGGAAGACCUGAGAUACAAAGUCCUUCGCGUCAAGGAACACUUCCUUAAGGAGCCGGGCAGUGAUGAUCCUGAUACUGUUCGGUACAGCAAUGACCCCUGCCUUGAGUUCCCGUUCACCAGCCAUGGUCGAACUCGCCCUGAAAAGGGCAAGGAACACUUCGGCUUCGAGGACGGCAUUAGCCAGCCCUUGAUCGAGGGAUUGGAUGAAGUGACGCCCAAGGGCAAAGAGCCAAAGGCUGUCAAGUCAGGAUUGAUCUUCGCCAGACACGACGGCGACGAUAUGAACCAGCCGGAAUGGGCCGAGGACGGCAGUUUCCUCGUGAUCCGUGACCUUCAACAGCUCGUCCCUGAGUUUGAGAAGUGGCUCGAAGACAACAAACACAAUGCGCCGUUCGCCGCGGACUCCGAUGACCCGAAGGAAAAGCUUGCAGCGUAUCUGAUGGGCAGAUGGAGGAACGGAACUCCCGUCGACGAGAACCCUCACCACGACAAAGACCCAAGCCUUUUCCGAUCCAACAACUUUGACUUCCACCCUGUCGACAAGCACGAAAGAUGCCCCUUUGCAGCUCACAUCCGCAAGAUGCGGCCCCGCGGCGACCUGAACCACGAUCACGCGGUUAUCAUCCGUCGUGGCAUCUCCUACGGAGACGAAGUGACGCCUGAAGAAAAGGCCGCACAGAAGUCUGAUGACGAGAAAGAGCGCGGCUUGAUGUUCGUGUGCUACCAAAGUGACAUCCGCAACGGCUUCAACUUCUUGACCACCCGCUGGGCUAGCAACCACCACUUCCCGGACCGCAAGGCGAACUUUGUUGGCGAGCACGGUCCCGGUAUCGAUGCCAUUGUGGGCCAGAGACUUAAUCACCACCCGGAGCGCUCUAUCGGUCUGCCUGAUGGCAAGCAUCCUACUGAGGCGCGCAUUGGACUCGACCGCUGGGUGAUCCCACGAGGUGGUGAAUACUUCUUCACGCCAUCCAUCAAGGCACUGAAGGAGUAUCUGACUGGCCCCCCUGAUUAUCCGCCGGAGCUUGCCGGCCCUUGAGAGUUGUUGUCUUUUAGGGAGCGAAUCUGAACCAUGAGCAAUUCAUCAAGAGCGGUGAACGUAUCCAUCCAGACUGAAAGUCC